GCUUUGAAUCAUAGCUACAGUGCAUUGCAUUCACUGAACACUGCAUUCAAUCACUCAUUGAAUCGCUGAUCGAGUGAUUCAUUGCCUGUCCAUCCAUUCGCUCAUCAAUUGAUCCACUCGUGUGUUGGGAACCGAUUGGUGACAGUGUUGUGGCUGUGAUUUGAAUCGUGCGGACACGUGAGGGCAUCACUAUAUCGUUGGGCAACACUUGAGGGCAACACGUGCUCACCAUUGCAUACAAAUGGCGGACACCAAUAGACACCAAUAUAAUGACAAUCAGGCGCUCAGGAGCGGUCGUGGAUUCGGUCCAUCCGGAGGAGGAAAUCGCAACUUCGGUGGCAAUGAUUUCAAAAAUUUUGGCGGCGGAGGAGGUGGUGGUGGCGGCGGACGAGACCCCCCCUUCACGGUCUUCAUCGGCAAUUUGCCCCGAAAUGUGAUUCAGGGAGACAUCGACGAGAUCUUUAAGAAACUCAAGAUGAGAUCAGUUCGGUUAGUGAGAGACAAAGAGACGGAUCAAUUCAAAGGCUAUUGUUAUGUGGAGUUCGAAGACGAAGAGUCGCUGAGAAUGGCGCUCGAGUUUGACGGAGCGGACUUCAACGGACAUAUACUAAGAAUAAAUAUCGCAGAAAAUCGACGAAACGACAAAGGGGGCGGUCGUGGAGGCCGUGGAGGUUUCGAUCAAAGGGGUGGAAUGAACAGAGACAGGGGUCAAAGGCCGCCGAACAACAGGGGCUUUGGGAACGACAGACCCCCGCAGAACCGGUUCGGCGGCGGCGACCGACCGCGCACUGGCAGCGGAUCCGAUAACUUCAACCGCAACGACAGGAACUACGAGCGCAACGACCGCUUCGACGGAGGCCGAGAUGGCGGCGGCGGCGGAAGGAGUGGUUACGACCGGCCGUCCGACAGAGACAGAGGCGGCUUCCGGAGCGGUGAUCGGGGCGGCGACCGACGCAACUUCGGCGGCCGUUAUGGCGGCAACUUUGGGGGCAGAGAUCGCGACCGACGGCCUCCGCCCUUCAAUCCCGAAGAGUUCAAAGAGCUGACGGAAGAGGAAGCGGCGAAUCGUCCGCGUCUGAACUUAAAGCCGCGUUCGGUGGGCGCGCCCCUCAACGACUUGGCCGAGACUAAGACGCGCGACUCGAUCUUCGGAGGCGCCAAACCCCGAGACGAGCGCCAGUAUGAGGAGCGCCGACGCAAAGAAUCGGAGAGCAAGGACUCGAGUGACGGCAAAGUGAGUGAUGACGGCUUGGAUGUAACGAAAGCUGACGUUAACUGAGUUUGUGGUCUCUCUUUGUGUUCCGCCUCUUUAGGACCAAUGAGUAGUGAUUUAUAUGGCGUUUGAUUUGGUGGUCGUAUUGAUUGCAUGUUAUAAUUGUCUUCACUAUGGGUUCAAUAAUUUAUUCAUAAUAUAAGGUUUACAACACAUCUGUUGUUCUCUCGAUUUAUUCAUUAAUUUUUGUGUUACCUAUCGAUUCGGUACUAAGAUUUUAAAAGCGAUUCAAAAUUUAAUGCCAUUAAUAGUAUCGGACGUGUAAUUCGUAUAUAAAUUAUACCUUUUUGUUUGUAUUGAUUUACGAGCGAAAUGUCAUUAUAUUAUAAAUUAAUUAUUAGUUUCACACUUCCAUUGGAGUUGACAUUCAUUCUCACUUCAAAAUAUUGUAAAAAUAGUUUGAAAAGUGCUUUAAUUAAUGAAUUGGAAAACAAAUAUAAUACAUUUUUACUUUAAAACUUAAAAUACAACAACUAUUUAUUAAUUAUAAUUAUUUAAACAUAAUUUAAAACAAAAACGAUGAUCGCGAUGAUGUGUUUUGAUAUGAUUAAGUGGAUGUAGAGUUGUUUGUGACCCAAUCGGGCACAUGAUUUAAGUCAAACAAUAAUUGCCCCCAACUGUUGAUUAGCGCCAAUUCGAUUCCAAUGCAAAGCAGAUUCAUUACUAAUCCGGGUUUUAUCUGUAAAUACAUUACUAUUUCAAUUCAAUUCUCAAUUCCAAAUCAUUGAUUCCAAUUGACUGCAAAUCGACUC